ACCUUCUCUUCUCUUCUCUUCUCUUCUCUUCUCUCUCUCUACUGUGUUAGACUUUUAGUUAUUAAUUAAUAUCACGCCCUGGGCUUAGGCAAUCUUCUUUCUUCUUCCUCUCUGGCUCUGUAUAUAUAUAUAUAUAUAUGUAUGUAUGUAUAUAUGUAUGAACAUAUAGAGAUGCGUAUGCAAUAAGGAAGAGAGGUAGGUGAAACUAAUGGAGAGGAAGGCGGUGCAUCAAGUUAUAUUUGUGGGUUUCUUCUUGCUCAUCAGUAGAGCAUGGGCAGAAGACAGGCUGAUAAAUGUAACGAAGUUGGAAAUGUUCGUUGAUGAUCUUCCUGAUAUGCCCAGAUUGAAGGGUUUCGAUUUUGUCAAUGGCGGCCACGCACCAGGGUCCUUAACCAUUGGCAUGUUCCAUAAGUUCUGGAAAUUUCAUAGAGAUAUUCCUCCAACCCCAGUGUUCGCCUAUGGUACGAGCAGGAGCACUGCAACGGUCCCUGGUCCAACAAUCGAGGCUCUCCACGGGGUCCACACUUACGUGACGUGGCAAAAUUACCUCCCUUCACAACACAUACUUCCCUGGGACCCGACCAUCCCCACUGCCAUACCAACCACCAAGAAGGGGAUCCCUACCGUGGUUCAUCUUCACGGCGCCAUCGGGGAGCCCGAGAGCGAUGGACACGCGGAGUCCUGGUUCACCGCUGGAUAUCAAGAACGGGGACCCACAUGGACCAAAAAGACCUACCACUACUACAACUAUCAACAACCGGGAAAUCUAUGGUACCAUGAUCACGCAAUGGGUUUGACUAGAGUCAACCUUCUAAGCGGCCUGAUUGGGGCCUACAUCAUCAGGCAUCCGGAGCUCGAGGACCCGCUUGGCCUGCCAUGUCGCGCUGAAUUUGAUCGUCCGUUGGUGGUCUUCGAUCGGAGCUUCCGCAUCAAUGGUUCCCUGUACAUGAAUUCCACCGGAAAUAACCCCUCCAUACACCCUCAGUGGCAGCCCGAGUAUUUCGGCGACGCAAUCAUCGUAAACGGCAAAGCAUGGCCCCGCCUCAUCGUACGGCGCAGAAAGUACCGGUUUCGCAUCAUCAACGCAAGCAAUGCUCGAUUCUUCAGGUUCUUCUUCACCAACGGGUUGGGAUUCAUCCACGUGGCAUCGGAUUCCGCCUAUGUGGAACAACCGACGACGCUCAAAGAGAUCCUUUUGGGGCCAUCUGAGAUCACGGACGUAAUCGUUGAUUUUUCUGAGUCGAACUCCGAUUCGGCCAUCUUGGCCAAUGACGCACCGUAUCCUUAUCCUUCCGGCGAUCCGGUGGACGAAGCCAAUGGCAAAGUGAUGAAGUUUAUAAUCCGACAACAGCGAGAAGUCGAUACGACCCGAAUACCCAAGAAGCUGAUCGAAUACCCGUCACCUGAUGUAUCAGCUGCUUCGGUAAUACGGUACAUCGCGAUGUACGAGUACACAAGCGACACUGACGAGCCAACCCAUUUGUACAUCAAUGGGAAAUCGUAUGAAGAGCCGGCGACGGAGACGCCAAAAGCGGGGACCACUGAAGUUUGGAACGUGAUCAAUCUAACGGAGGAUAAUCACCCGUUGCACAUCCAUUUGGGUCUGUUCACGGUGCUUGAUCAGGUGGAGCUAGUGAAUGUUGAUGAGCUGAAGAAUUGUAUGCUGAAGAUCAAUAAUGCGGUCAAGUGCAAGAUAAGCAAGUAUGCACGUGGCAAAAGGGUGGGGGUGGCGGCGCACGAGAAGGGGUGGAAGAACGUGUACAAGAUGAAUCCCGGAAGUAUGACGAAGAUCCUCGUCAGGUUUUCUUACAUACAUGCCAAUACAUCGUACGUGUUUGAUGCAACAGCUGAGCCUGGCUACGUCUACCAUUGCCACAUCUUGGAUCAUGAGGACAAUGUCAUGAUGAGACCCUUGAAGUUAAUCAAGUGAGAAGGCCAACACAAAGUGACCGAGGAAUAAUGGGCGCCAUGGCAUCGAGCAAAUCGAGUGAUCAAUUGUAGUAAGCUUGAAAAAUCACAAUAUUUUACAAUAAUCCAUGGUACCAAUUGUAUAAAUAAAUGAAUUUUCAUGUUUGGAUGAAAAAAUAGAACCAAACACACUUGAGGGUCUCGGCCGAAAGGAGAAUUGAUUGAAAUGAACGGUUUAUUUGCAUCAAA